AAUGUGGACCAACACCUCUUCACCCUCCCACAGGGCUACGGACAGUUUGCCUUCGGGAUAAUCGAUGACAGCUUUGAGUUCCCUGCCUUUGGGUCAAACACACAGCCGGAAGACAACCGAGAUGCUGAGAAUCGGCGAGAGAGGGAGCACCAGUCUCGGCACCGAUACGGCGCCCGGCAGCCUCGCGCGCGUUUCACUGCACGGCGGGCAGCUGGCCGACACGAGGGAGUCCCCACGCUAGAAGGAAUCAUCCAACAGCUGGUCAAUGGGAUUAUUGCACCGACCACAAUACCAAACCUCGGGGUGGGACCUUGGUGAGAUGUGGCUUAGGUUUGACUCUUGCUGAAGGGUUACUGGGGCUGGUGGAGACCUCACCCUUCCUCCCCAGUGCCUUUGUUUUUACUGUAUAUGUGUGAGGCACAGAGAAAUCUUCCUAUAUAAAAAGAGCAAUAUCCAGAUUAACAGUUGACUGUAUCAUUACAUUACGGUUAUGGCACUCUUUAAAGGCAGUCUAUUAUCAAAUGAGAGAGAUGAAAUAUUGUAGUGGUUUGAAUGCUGGAUUAGGACUCUGGGAGAGCAGGAUUCAGCUUCCCAUCUAGCCACAGAAACCCUGUGGGUGUUCCUGAGCAAAUCCCACUCUCUGUCUCAGAGAAAGCAAACCUCCUUUGGCCAAGAAAACAGAGCCAGCAUGGUGUCAUGGUUUGAGCAUUGAACUAGCACUUGGGAGACCGGGGUUUGAAUCCCUG